AUGGACGAGCAGGAGAACAAAAUAACUUCAACUACCACACCCUCACCCACAAGCAUGCAUGUUUCUCCCCCUGCUCCUCCCGCUCCCGUGCCGGCAGUGAAGAAUAAUUUAAAUGAUUUCACCCGUGGCGACAAAGUCUGGAUGCACGCCGCAAAGCUCUUGCAGGAAUGCGACUGCCUGGUCAUUACAGCAGGCGCUGGAAUGGGCAAGGAUUCAGGCUUACCGACUUUCGCGGAAUAUGGUGAUAGGCCAGUGUCGGGUGCAGGCCUUUCCUACGUUGAGCUAUGUUCGCCAAAUGCUGCGCAAAACCACUACGAAGCGUUCGACCAAUGGUGGCGCGAAUCAGGUGAAUUGUAUGCAAAAACAGAGUCUCACGAUGGUUAUCGAAUUCUCGAAAGCUGGCUGAUGGGAGGUGCUACUUCUACUACUUCGUCUUCUACAGCGUCAAGCUCAUCAUCAUCCUGUACAAGAUCAUCAAGCACAAAAACUCGCAUCAGAGAGCACUAUGUUUACACGAGCAAUAUCGAUGGACACUUUAAGCGUUUUCCGAAUCUUGGUAAAAACGUACUGGAGCUACACGGCUCGCUGACCUUGCCGUGGAUACCAUGGUGGCGUUUCGAAAGGGAAGAUCCGUCGGAUGAAAUGGAUGUAGUUGCAGUGGUAGAAAGUAGUGCCACUCCUCCUUCUUCAUUUGUACCUUCCCUCGAUGGAACUCGGAAAGUACCUAUGUCAAACUGCGGCCCACCCUUUGACUACGAUCCAGCGAAGUUGCUAAAUUCAUUUCCAAUGUCCGAUCGGAGUAGAACGCCCUGGCAGCCGCCCUCCUACGAUUGCGAAACGCCCCGAGGCUAUAUUCCCAAAGAAUACCGGCGACCGGCGGUCUUACUUUUCUACGACAACUGCCUGGAGCUCGAGACGUUUCUGCAGCGAAAGAUCGAGAACGAGUGGCGCCAGUGGGUGGACGAGGUUUUGAUGAAGCAAAACACUAAAAACAAAGUGAAAAGUCUCGUCGUCCUGGAGCUGGGCUGUGGUGUCAGAGUGCCUUCGUGUAGGAGCGAGGGCGAAAGACUCGUGUGGGAGGUGAAUGAGCUUGCAGCUGCAAAAACGAAGAGGAAGUCGGACUCGGAAGUCGAAGUCGAAAGGAAGAUUGAGGAAAAAGAAACUCCUCGCCCUACACCUACAAGAACAGCCAACUUAAUCCGAAUCAACCCGGCAGAGCCAACUUUUGGCUUCCUGCGCAAGAUUGACAAUCCGCUGUUCUGGCAUUUCGACGAGGAUGAUCUCUGCUAUCGCACCAUUGCGGGCCAGGAAGAAAAGGAAAUGAUAGAUGUGGGCAGCCUUGAGCAAGAAGAUCAAAGACUACAAGGGAUAAACAACGUAAUUUCGGGCAAUUACGUUCUCCUCAAUGAGUGUGGUGCAAAAGACGCACUUCAGCAUUUGGAUUCACUCCUGAAGAAUCGAAUGAAUCAUGCACAAGAAGUUUAACAUGAUUAUAUUCGUGGAAAAAUAAAUACUAGCGCUGCUGCUGCUGUCGUGUAGC